GCUGCCAAAUCGGUUUUGGAGUUCAAAUUUAAUAAAAAACGAGUUCGAAUUCUCUCAAAAUCCAAAGAAGUUCCAGAGUGGGGAAAAGGUGUCAUUUAUUGGACUUUCAGAGACCAAAGAAUUCAUGACAACUGGGCAUUCUUAUUCGCACAAAAAUUAGCACUUAAAAAUGAUGUUCCUCUCCAUUUUGCCUUUUGUCGAUUGCCAAAAUUCUUGGAUGCUACAUUGCGGCAUUUCAAGUUCAUCUUUGAAGGUUUAAAAGAAACAGAGAAAGAAUGCAAAAAAUUGAAUAUUCAAUUCCAUUUCCUCAUUGGUUGCGGAAAAGAUGUUUUACCUGAUUUUGUCAAGAAGCACAAAUUAGGAGCUGUUGUGAUAGACUUUAUGCCUCUUCGUGGGCCAAUGGCAUGGGCUGAUGAGCUUUCAAAGAGCCUUCCAGAUGGCGUCCCCUUGGUCCAGGUAGAUUAUAAGAGCUAUUUUUUCAAAUCUGUCAGUACCUAAUUUCAACCAUCC